AAACCUAAACCUUCAGAUAAAUAAAGCCAAGACCAUUUCACCAGAUAUAACAAACAAAGAUGUGUUUUAGAACGCACACAUCUAUCGACUGCCCUGUUUGUGGCAACUCAAAACAUAUCAUAAACCUAACGAAGACGUGCACACUCAUACCUAGAGGUGGGGGUCUAGGCAGCUGUGGAUUUGAGAUUGAGGACCUAUAUUUUAUUGCGUAUGGAUCUGAAUGUGAUGAAUGUAGACGGAAACGUGAAGAGGAAGAGGAAGAGGAAGAGGAAGAGGAGGAGGAGAGGAAGAAACGUAGAGGACAAACCUAAGUGCCUGAGACUAUAGCUGAUAUUGAACGAGUGGCGGUCUUUGAGGCGUUUCUAUGGUUUUCUUCUUCAAUCUGUACUUAUAUUAGCUAUACAACGCAAUUCCAUGUCAAUUGUGCAUUG